GCCCUCCUGCGGUGUUACAGCUCCUAGCAGCAGAUCGGCGCUCUCCCCGCGCUACACUCUCUGCAGAUUUUGCCUUCUUGACACACCUUUUGUUGUCUCGUCUAGCUGGAGUCAGCUAACCAUUUGCUAGCGAGCAUCUGCCGCAUCGGCUACCCGGACAGCAGUCAAAGUGAAGUUGAGGCAAGCCCGAUAGGAGCCGAGAAGUGACGGCCUACACCCAGCCAGGAUGAGCGGAGAUGAACUGAACCCAGCUGCAGUGGCUCAGCAAGUAGAGGAUGUACAAGGAGAUGAACGUUGGAUGUCACAGCACACAAGAUUUGUGCAGGAGUGUAAGGAUGCUGAACCAGACGUGCUCUUUGUGGGGGAUUCGAUGGUACAGCUAAUGCAGCAAUAUGAGGUCUGGAGGGAGUUGUUCUCUCCUCUUCAUGCUCUUAACUUUGGCAUCGGAGGGGACACCACCUGUAAUGUGUUGUGGAGGCUGCAGAAUGGGGAGCUGGAGAACAUCCGUCCCAAGGUGGUGGUGUUGUGGGUUGGAACCAACAAUCACGAACACACAGCAGAGCAAGUCGCAGGAGGAAUUCUUGCAAUCACAAAGCUGCUCAUCUCCCGCCUCCCCAAGGCAAAGAUAGUUGUACUGGGUCUGAUGCCUCGAGGGGAGCGUCCAAACCCGCUGAGGGAGAAGAACGCAUGCGUCAACGGGUUCCUUCGCUCCUGGCUGCCGCGCCUGGGCCAGGCUCAGUUCCUGGAUGUAAGCGCAGAGUUCGUCCACUCUGACGGAACCAUCAGCCAGCAGGACAUGUUUGACUUCCUCCACCUGACAUCGACGGGUUACCGCACCAUAGCGAAGCCCCUCAGCGACCUGCUGCUCCAGAUACUGGAGGAAACGCCAGAGGAGAGACGGGCGUCACUGGUUUGAGGGCCGUGGCCGAACAGCACAUUUAUCCGGAGGCAUGUCUCACCCGCUGCUGUGGGAGACGGGGGAGACAUGCUUCUGGUAUCAGGAGGAGGAAGGGGCUCACUCACAGGAGAAGGAGGCACCCUGAUGUGAGUGGGCUUGAGAGGGGUGCGGGAUCACAUUCAUGAGCGGAGGGUUGGGUGUGGAGAGGCGCUGAAGAGGGAGAGAGACCUCACUACAGACUGUGAUUGCAGUAGUAAGCUCUGUUGCAAAAGGAUUUUCCAAGGUCAGACGUCUGUGAGUCAUAGACAGAUAUACUGAGAUCAUGUGCGACUGCAGUGGCACACACACACAGAUUAAUUAAUGAGUGUUUCCCUCUGUCACCUGUGCCACGGACACAACUUUAGUUUGAUGUGAGACCAAAUAGAAAAACAUAAUAUAGUUUCUAGUCUAAAUAACACUGAUUUGAUUGGAACACUGGAUACUUUAACAUCUCCAGGCCUCUAGAAAUCCUUCAAAAAUUACUCCAUUGCUUCGUUGUAGGGGUCCACAAGCUAAAAAGGCUGGGAAUCACCCAUAGAGAGGGGCUACUGCUGAGACACACGUGUAAAUAUAAGACUCACAAAUGCUUUUGCUCAAAGUGUAAUCUGCAUAUAAAAUAAUUUACACAAAUGAAAUGAUAGUUUGUCUAUCAGUCCAGUUUUUAUAUGUACUUAUUCAUAUACUCAGCCAAACAAGGAGCACUUAGUCUUCUAAAUGUUUACAUUUGAGCCCAAUAUGUAACUGUUUAGGCAUCUUAGGAAAGAGUUAAUCAGUAUGAAAUAGAUCAGUGGAUAUCUAGAGAGCAAACUGUCUCACAGUAGAUCAAUACUCCACUGCUGUGUCACUAAAAAAUCACUAAACUAAAUGUUAGACCCAACGUCGUCGCUGAAUGCAUGUUUUCAGGCGAGUCUCAGCUUUUGUGUAGAAAGUCGGCCAACGACUCGUGUCUUAAGUGAGUUAAUAUCAGUGAAAAUCGUGUAUUCAUACGUAUCCGUUAGCGAUGUAAUGCUUUUGACUGUACUUGUCCGAUAAUCUACGUAGGUCUUCCAAACACCCCCCAGACGCUGCUGCUUACAUGCAAAGCUUCUAUCACACCCGGGCAAGUGUAUUUACAUUUUAUUUGUAGAUUCACACUUCACUCUGCCUCUCUUGACAUUUCAUUUAAAUGUCAAAAAUAUUGUAUUGCUAAACUAAAUCCUGCCAGCUUUUUUAAAUUGUGCUCCUCCUCCUGUAUCCGUUAAAAGACAAUUUUUGAAUAUAAAGAAUAUUUGAACACGUCACUCCAGGCCAUCAUCUCAGUUUGUGCUUUAUUUUUAUUUUUAAAAGCAGAGUAAAAAAAAAAAAAAAAAAAAAAAAUGAGAUGAAAAGGCGGUUGUCAGAUUAGCUCCAAUCCUCCUGCUUUCAUCUUACACUGCUAAUCAUAUAAUUCCUUAUGAAUACAGGUUGAUGUGGACAGUUUCUUACUGAUGUCAGCGGAAAAAAAAAAAAAAAAAAGAAGAAGCUGUCUCAUGCUGCGUCUGUGUCACACUAAUAUUUAUCCAAAUAUUCAUAGACUUCAACUUUGACUAUAUAGCACAGGCUCUCUCUCCCUCUCCCUCCUUAUUACAUGGAUAUACAGUAUUUUCUCUUCAUUCUGUUUCUCAUCUCCUCUUUAUUUCUGUCCCUGUUGUAUUUGUAGUUGACUCUCACCCAGCCCUGCUACCCAUGGGACCUUGACUUCUCUACAUGACAUAGUUACCGAAUAUUUUUAGAAAUUAAAAAGUAGCAUAAGGCUAAGCUACGGAGCACGACUAUACUCUGAAUAUUGUCACGCUAAAAAAAAAGCAAUCACAGCUCAUGUCAAGAAAACCAUUUGUCUGUGAGCUUAUACUGUCUGUAGCUGUUUCCUCAUGGCUCAGUUGUGUUCAAAUCGCGGCUGAGAGUCUCAUGCCGAGCAUCAAAAUUAUCCGACAUUACUGCUGUCUUAAGCUCUGCACAUUUGCGUGCUGUGUUAAAUAGUGUAUGUGUGUGUGUGCCUUAAGUGUUCAUGGGGACGGUUGUGUACAGUAUGUCUGGUACUGGAUUAUGUAAGCUGGAGUUGUGUGAGUGUCUAGAAGUGACCCCGGUUGUAUAUAAGACAUGUGAAGCUUGAGAAUGUGAUGUUUGAAGGGGGUUGAGAUUUUGGGAGUCUGUGUCUGGUGCGAUACGUUAUUUGCACUGUUUUGGCUCGUUGUCACGUUAUUGAGGUAAAGCAUUCCAAUAAAAAAACAAAAAACAAACACAAGGAUCUAA